AUGGGAGGCCUCCGUGAGGAAAAGCAAAAUUUCAGUAGGAAGUUCCCGGACCUUCCCAGGCAGGGCAUUGAUUACAUCGAUGUGAGUUCAGAUUCUCUUGAAAAGCUCACCUUUUUGGCUUGGCUACCACUAACAGUGGUAUCAGCAACCAUACUCGCCCUACUAACCUGCGACUCGAAAGGAGUGGCACGAUUCGAAGACGAUGACCGUGAAUUCCGUCAAAUGGAUCCCAAUGAGACAGUGAACGAAGUGCCAAGCAAUUGGGGAGCUGCCCAAGCCAUGCUCAAAGCUCGAGAAGGACAAGAUAUGAAGUACUUUGAACCUCCAAAAGCAGUAAGUAGUGACACACCAAUCGAAUCACCGGAUCACGGCAGAUCACCUGAUCCAGGUAAAUCACCCGACAAGGCAAAAUCACCGGACCAAGCUAAAUUCCGACCUAGAGAUGACAACGAGACGGUAAAUGAGGUGGUUAGCAAUUGGGGUGCUGCUCAGGCGAUGUUACAAAAGAAAGAAGGAGCAAUGGCGCCAGCAAAACCACCACCACCACCAGCACCACCAAAGCCGAAAGGACCUCCAAAAGGCUUCCGAGCUGCUGAUGAUAACGAGACAGUAAAUGAAGUAGUGAGCAAUUGGGGAGCAGCACAAGCUAUGCUACAAAAGAAGGAGGGAAUCGCCAACGUACCACCGAGACCAGGAACACCAAAAGCUCCACCAAAGCCUAAAGGACCUCCAAAAGGAUUCCGAGCAGCAGAUGACAAUGAGACCGUGAAUGAGGUUGUCAGCAAUUGGGGAGCGGCACAGGCCAUGCUUCAGAAACGAGAGGGCGAGCAGAAACUGAGAGCACCGACACCGAAAAAGGCAUCAACACCUCCACCUCCAAAAUUCCGGCCUAGGGAUGACAACGAGACGGUGAACGAGGUGGUAAGCAAUUGGGGAGCUGCUCAAGCGAUGUUGGCAAAGAAGGCUGGUCCUCCUCCUCAGAAACCUCAAACACCACCAGCCGGUGGACAGAGAACCCCAGCCCAACAACCCAAGCCAUCCCCUCCUGCAGGAAUGGAGUGUCCUCAGCCUCCACUGCAUUGUUUUGACAUAUUACUGUUAACUAAAAAUGAUUUCGAGUGUUGUCUACGUGAGAGUGGCUAA